UAUGAUUAUACCGGCGGCCUUUCGUCAUAUGCUUCGUUUAAAUUUCUCUAUCAGAACGAUAAAUGGUAUACUAAUAUGAUAGUAAUCGCAUGCAAAGACGUUGUUUUCGCACGCUGAUCGAAACUCCACACAUGCGACGAUCUCAUUUGUUCUCCAGCAUGCCGUAGGAGCACGCCUCGCUUCGAAGGAGUUUUUAGCUUUUCUCUGCAUUCCCUUGUGCUGUUUGCCCCGUUCACCUAGAAUCCUCUAUUCUGUCAUAUUAACUUCAUUCUCUUGGGGUAUCUUCGCUGCUUUGUAGAACGUCACCAACAAAAUGCCUGCCAUUCCCUCCCCGCACUUCCCCGCAGGCAUUCAAACGUCCCUCCGACAACACCUCGAUAAAGCAACAUCCGGCACAAGCCCUGCGGUCGCAGGUCUGGUAUACUCCGCAGUCAAUCGCGAUGGCGAGAUCAUAUUCAACCAUGCGUCAGGCGCGAAGGGCCUCGGAAUCGCCGAUCCAAUGACGCUAGACACAGUCUUCUGGAUGGCUUCUUGCACCAAGAUGAUUACCGGAAUUGCGUGCAUGCAGCUUGUUGAGCAGGGAAAAUUGGUGCUUGAUGAUGGGCGACAAGUUGAAACCAUUGCGCCAGAGUUGAGAGAUGUCAAGGUCCUUGAGGGGGAUUUGAAGACUGGCUUUAGGCUGGUGGAGAAAACACGACCGAUUACCUUGCGCAUGCUGUUGAAUCAUACUGCGGGAUUUCCAUACCCUUUCGAUGACCCCAGGCUCCGCGACUACUCCCUUCCCAUCGGCUUCGACGAGUUCGCCGGCAACACGGACGACGUGCUCGGUCUGCCUCUCGUGAACCAGCCGGGCACGAAAUUCCAAUACGGAGUCAACAUAGACUGGGCGGGAGUCCUCCUUGAGCGAGUCACAGGCUUAUCACUCGACCAAUACUUCCAAAAACAUAUCUUUGAACCACUCGGCGUAAAGGAUAUAGCUUUCUUCCCAACGAGAGAUAUGAAAAAGAGAUUGGCAUAUAUGCACAGACGAGAAAAAGAUGGCUCGCUACACCUUUCGGACCAUCUGUAUCGGUUUCCACUUGCCGAGCGUCGUACUGGUCAACCUGAGGAUAGGUUCUGCUCUGGCGGUGCUGGGUGCUUCGGCACGCCGGUAGAAUACUGCAAAAUAAUAGCAGUUCUCUUAAACAACGGGACCUGUCCCAGAACCAAGUCGCGUAUUCUCAAACCCGAAACAGUCGACGAAAUGUUCAAAGACCAAAUCCCCAACCUACCGCGAUACCGCAAUACGCCCUCUGAAUCCGCAAAACCGCAUCUCGCAAACCAUGGUCCUGUACGGCCUGCAACCGACGAUACCGAGACUGAAGGCUGGGGACUGACAUUCUCGAUCAACCACAGAAAGUGGGCUACCGGUCGACCCGCUGGCACAGUGAACUGGGAAGGGAUAGCUAAUCUUUUCUGGUUUGCGGACCGCGAUACGGGCGUGGGUGGAAUGAUUGCUAGUCAGAUUAUGCCGUAUGGUGACCUUGCAGUGCUCGAGACGAAUGAUGCGGUUGAGACUGGGUUGUAUCAAGGACUAGCACAGCAGGCACAUCACUAGGGGAAUGUAUAUGGGUGUAGUAUGAACCCAUGAGUGUGUAGGGUGUAGAGUGUAGUGGAGGUAUCCAGGUAGCCUGGCCGCUCCUUCCUCGCGGGUUUGCCGGCAACAUACUAGUCGUACAUCAUAUGUAUUAAGAACAAUUAAAGCGUCCGUUGUGACAACAGUAGAUACACAAAAGAUUGCGGAGCAGACCUCUAUACUCCCUCAGGCGGCAUUGUGCGUGUUGUUAAACGAGCUAGGUUUCCCAUUCGCAAAUCUACAUUCGGUGGAUAACGAUGAACAUUUUGCAAUGAGAGCACUAAUUCUGCGCGUAAAAAGAAGACGGGAUUGCAGGAUUGAUGCAAACAUAGUGGAGCGAGUCAGCAAAUCUGAAUGGGAAAAGCAGACCAUCUUGC